UAAAGGUGGUUCUGCAAGGCAAUUAUCUCUAGAGACUAGAGAGGAUUGGAUCUCUAUACGACGGUGAUGGAGGAGAUAAGAUGGUACACAGGGCUAUCACCGGCGGCCUUCUUCACAAGCCUCCUUCUCAUUCUCAUGGUUGUGCUUUACAGAACGUUUGUUGCGAUGAAGAAUUCUAGUAAUACUAAUGAACAUUCUUCCACGGCCUUCCGAGGAGCCUCUUCCACUUCUUCAUCUUCGUCCAUUCAUCCAUGCAGGUACGAUGUAUUCUUGAGUUUUAGGGGCAAAGAUACUCGUCUCAAUUUUACUGCCCAUCUACACCAGGCUUUGCAUCAAAAGGGAAUCAACACUUUCAUUGAUGAUGAGGAGCUUAGAAGCGGCGAGGAGAUUUCUUCAGCACUUCUCAAAGUUAUAGGAGAGUCAAAGAUUUCAAUUGUUAUAUUCUCCAAAGACUAUGCAUCAUCCAAAUGGUGCUUAGAUGAGCUACUGAAAAUCGUUGAAACAAAGAGUCAACAAGUAAUACCAGUGUUUUACAAGGUGAACCCAUCAGAUGUACGGUAUCAAAAGGGUAAUUAUAAAAAAGCAUUGGCAAAACAUGCAAAAAGGUUAAAUGAUGAUGAGAAAGUGAAGAAAUGGAAGGCAGCCCUAAAACAAGUGGCCAAUUUGUCUGGAUGGGAUUUAGAGAAUUACCGGAAUGAAGCUGAAUUCAUUUACAAAAUUGUUCAAAAUGUCUCAGCAAUUGUGAAUGACACAUACUUACCCGUUGCAAAGCAUCCAGUUGGAAUAGAGUCUCGUGUAAACGAGAUCAAUUCACUUUUAAGUAUUGAGAAGAAUGAUCAUAUACGUAUGGUAGGGAUCUUAGGAGCUGGUGGAAUUGGUAAGACAACUAUUGCCCAGGACAUCUACAACUUGAUUGCUUCUCAAUUUGAAGUCAGUUGUUUUCUUCCAAAUGUUAGAGAAACUUCUAAGCAAUAUUUGGGUAUGGUCCAAUUACAAAAUACACUUCUUUCAAAAAUCCUAGGACGACAAGAUGUAAAGGUUGAUAGUAUUGAUCAAGGAAUUACUAUGAUAAAGAAAAGGUUUUGCUCUAAAAGGGUACUCCUAAUUCUUGAUGACGUGGAUGAUAAAUUGGAUCAAUUAGAUAAAUUGGCCGGAGAAGUUAAUUGGUUUGGUCUAGGAAGUAGGAUCAUCAUAACUACAAGAGACAGGAAAGUAUUGACAAAUCAUGGAGUGGCUGAUGAUCUAAUAUAUGAGGUGAAGGAAUUGUACUGGAAAGAAGCUCUUGAGCUCUUUUGUUGGAAUGCUUUCAAAAAAGACAAUCCUCCUGAUGAUUUUCUGAAACUAGUGGAAUAUACAGUAAGUUAUGUUGGGGGCCUUCCACUAGCUUUAGUAGUGCUAGGUUCAUAUUUUCAUGGUAAAGAUAUACAGCAAUGGAUCAGUGCUUUGAAUAAGUGGAAUGCAAAUGAUAUUAAAAUGCUGGAUAGUUCUUAUAACUCCUCAAUUGAUGCUAUUGAUGUAGAUAGUUCUUAUGAAUACAACAAUUACUCCUCAAUUGAUGGUAUUGAUGUACUUAUAGAGAGCUCUCUCAUAACCAUUCAUGGGAAUGUUUUGGAAAUGCACAACUUAUUGCGGGACAUUGGUAGAGAAAUUGUUCGACAAGAAUCACCUGAAGACCCUAGUCAACGCAGUAGAUUAUGGUUUCAUGAAGAUGUUCGAAGAGUCCUUGAGAAUGGUGAGGGAACAAACAAAAUUCAAGGCAUAUUGGUAGAUUUGCCUGAAGGAGAAGACAUGGUGCAAUUGAGUUCCAAGGCCUUCGAGAAUAUGACAAACUUAAGAUUGCUUAUGGUUACUCGUAAUGCACGCUUUUCUACGGGGCCCAAUUUUCUUCCUAAUACGUUAAGAGUGCUUGAGUGGCCUAAUUGUCCUUCAGAAUCUUUGCCCUCUAACUUUCGUGGAAGGAGCCUCAUUGUUUUAAGAAUGGAUAGCAGCCUCCUCAAGGAUUUGAAGGAAAUCAAGAAUUUUCAAAGCACGACAAUUAUGGAUUUCUCUAAUUGUGAACUCCUAGAAAUAUUCCCUGAUGUUUCAAGCUGUCAAAAUUUAGAGUAUUUGGUGCUUGAUGGUUGUAGAAAUUUAGCUGGGGUUCAUGAUUCUGUUGGAUUGCUUAAGAAGCUAGUUUCUUUGAGUCUUAACCAAUGCCGUAAGCUCGGCCAUUUUCCAAGAAUGCUCAACUUGAAAUCUCUAAAACGUAUUUCUGCUAAAUAUUGCUCAAGGCUUGAAUACUUUCCUGAUGUUUCAAAUUGUCCAAAUUUAGAGUAUUUGACGCUUGAUGGUUGUAAAAAUUUAGCUGAGGUUCAUGAUUCUGUUGGAUUGCUUCAGAAGAUAGUUUCUUUGAGUCUUGUGCUAUGCUAUAAGCUCAACCGUUUUCCGAGAAGGCUCAAGUCGAAAUCUCUAAAACGUCUUUAUGUUCAUGGUGGCUCAAGGCUUGAAUACUUUCCUGAAAUUGAGUGUCAGAUGGAGUGUUUAGAAACCAUCAACUUUGAAGAUACCGGUAUAAAAGAAUUGCCUUCAUCUAUUGCGUAUCUCAUUGGGCUUAAAGUGUUAAACAUAGCCGGUAACAAAAACCUUAUGCAUCUUCCAAGCAGCAUUUAUCAGUUGCAAUGUAUAAAUUUGUUAUAUGUCAACGGUUGUUCAAAUCUUGUUACAAUUUCAGAUAAGAUGAAGGAUAUUGGACAAUACAUGCCCUCGAAUGAAUCAGAAAUUUCAUUAGAUCUAGACGACUUACUCCCAUUGCUACCUCCCACGAAUUCAAGUGUUUCUUACGAUGAUUGUUCAUCGCCCUCGAAUGAAUCAGAAAUUUCAUUAGAUCCAGACGACUUACUCCCAUUGCUACCUCCCACGAAUUCAAGUGUUUCUAAUGAUGAUUGUUCAUCGAUAGUAUUUCCCAAAAAAGUGUUUCCACAAAUAUUUGAGUUGCGUCUACAAAAUUGUGACCUAUCAGGAUCAAGUUUCUUUACGAUAUUUAAUUGCUCCUCCACAUUGCAAUGCUUAUAUCUAUCGGGGAGUGUUAUUGAUACUAUUCCUCCAUGCAUCGAAAGAUUUGUUUCCUUGUCGAUGCUUCAUUUGGAUAAUUGCAAGCAACUUCAAAAAAUUUCAAGACUUCCACCAAAGAUAAAAGCAGUGUCUGCAGAGGGGUGCAAGUCAUUGGAAACAUUUUUGGAAGAACCACAAACAUCUCAAUUAUUUAGUACAUGGUCGUAUCCAGAGGUCGUAAGGUAUGAAACAACUUGUUCGGCACGAGGACCGGCGGGCAGUGGUGCUCCUUCUACAACCUAUCAGAAUGUGCAAUCUGUGGCAAUAGCUCAGCCAUUGAAGGGAUGUUGGGAAGCUCGUUGCUUUGAAUGUGUAGUUUCGGGAAAUAAGAUUCCAGAUUGGUUCAAUUAUCAUAAAAAGGUUUCAAAUAGUAAUUCAUGUGAAAUAGAUAUUGAUGAGCAUGCAGAUAUGUUUGGGGAGUUCACAAUAAUUGCGUUCUCUGCUGUUGCUGAAACUGUUGUUGGAAUACAGUAUGUAGAAGGAAAAAAUGUUCGACAUGGAAUUACGGCUUACGUCAUCACUCGCGGUGUAAAAAUCUGUUGUGUCCAAUCAUAUUUUAUGAAACCGGCGUCAGAUUUUGUAUGGAUGCAGUUCCAUGUUCCACACCAUUCUUUUAAGCUUGGAAAUGUUGAUCAUGUGCGAGUUAAAUUUGAAGGUAUACAGAAUGUGUGCUUGAAAAGUUGCGGAUUCCAUUUGGUACGCCUGUGUAACGAGAAUGCGAUUGAUUUAAUAGAUGGAAUUCAACUUAAAAAGGGACCCCAUGAAACGACACAUUAUACAGGCUGGCGAAUCGUAAGUAUAUCAAAAGACCCCUUCGUUUUCUUCAUCGCUGUUUUCUCUGUUUUCCUCUGCUUCGCUUUCUCCAAUUGUGCUCUAGCAUUUGCUUGUUGA